GGUCCGGCGUUCACGCCAGGCUCCUGUCGGCGGCGCCCGCAGCGGCCCGGCUUCCUGAUGCUCCUGAACCGGCUGCUGCGGGCCGGGCUGUGCGCUUAGUGCCGGGCUCAGGCCCUCCGGAGGCGCCGGCGGGGCUGGGAGUGGCCUCCGGCCCCGCGGAGACGGAGCGCGAGGACGACACGGUGGCUGCGGAGAAGAUGGGGGCUAACCAGUUAGUGGUGCUCAACGUGUACGACAUGUACUGGAUGAAUGAAUACACCUCGUCCAUUGGAAUUGGCGUUUUUCAUUCAGGAAUUGAAGUAUAUGGAAGAGAAUUUGCUUAUGGUGGCCAUCCUUACCCUUUUUCUGGAAUAUUUGAAAUUUCCCCAGGAAAUGCUUCUGAACUAGGAGAAACAUUUAAAUUUAAAGAAGCUGUUGUUUUAGGGAGCACCGACUUCCUUGAAGAUGAUAUAGAAAAAAUCGUAGAAGAACUGGGAAAAGAAUACAAAGGCAAUGCGUAUCAUUUGAUGCAUAAAAACUGCAAUCACUUUUCUUCAGCUUUGUCAGAGAUCCUCUGUGGGAAAGAGAUUCCUCGCUGGAUCAAUCGGCUGGCCUACUUCAGUUCCUGUAUCCCCUUCCUGCAGAGCUGUCUCCCGAAGGAGUGGCUGACCCCAGCCGCUCUGCAGUCCAGCGUCAGCCAGGAGCUGCAGGAGGAGCUGGAGGAGGCGGAGGACGCAGCCGCCUCGGCAUCCAUGGCCAGCACAGGGGCCACCUCCAGAUCUGGCCACCACACGAAACUCUAAGCUCUCCAGAGUCACACGGCCCGAACUGGCGCUGGCGGUUUGAGUAUCACUAGAGGAAAGCAGAAAUGAAACAUCUUUUGGAUAUUUUGUAUGCAAAGAUGGUUCUCCCCCAAAUCCCAGUUUCUCAGCUCAGGAUUCUAUUUGUAAU